UCGCCGCGCGCGCCAAUAGUCAUCCGCCUGCCCUAUCGCUCCGAUUGUCAAAUAUAUAUAUAUAUAUAUAUAAAUCCACCCCGUGUGUGUGUAGCUUGUGCGUGUCCUCACUGUCGUACCCAUGUACCCCAUACCUACCUGUCUCUGGCCGAGUGCGUCUGUCCGUUCCUUGGUCUGACCACAGUUGGCUGGUUCUACUUCUCGUGCGUGGGUUUGAUUUUUUUUUCUUUUUCAUUUUUCGGAUUUUCUCUUCAAAGUUGGCUGUUUGUACGUGAUCGGGAGUGGCUUUUUGAAAACGCGGGCAUUUGGUUUCACUGAGCCUCAUCGGCCGUCGCCUCCCUGCUGAAACACCGGACCGAGGGAACAUGAGCAAAACGUGGCAGGGUGCCAAGGACUACGUGGGCCUCGACGAGGUGACGAGGAUCAGCUUCCUCGCGCCCCUUUUUGCCGAAACGCUCGGCACGUGUCUCCUGGUCAUCAUCGGCUGCGCCUCCUGCCUCACCUGGGACACCCCGCCCACGGUGCUCCACAUCGGAAUGACUUUUGGCUUUGCUGUUGCUAGUCUUGCCUUUGCGGCACUGCCGGAAAAGGGGGCGCACUCGAGCUUGGGCAUGACGAUGCUGAGCAACGGGGUGACGGGGGGCCAGGGGGUGCUGAUCGAGGGCAUAGUGACCUUUCUCCUGGUGCUCGUGGUACACGGGGUCACCGAUCCGAAGCGCGACGAUUGCAAGGGCUGGCCGCCACUGGCCAUCGGCCUUACCAUAUGCGUGGCCCAUUUGGCCGCUGUCCCGUUGACCGGCAGCAGCAUGAACCCCGCCCGGUCGCUCGGCCCGGCCGUCAUCAUCGGCUUCUGGACGGAUCAGUGGAUCUACUGGGUGGGCCCGUGUCUCGGGGCUCUGGUGGCCGGGGCGCUCUACAGGAUCAGCCUCAGGGUCAGGAGCAAGGAGGACGAGGAGGCCUCUUACGAUUUUUAAUUUUACAGGUUGUUUUUUUUUUUGUUUUUUUGUUUUUUUUUUUUUCAUGGCCACGGUGACAAUGUUGCAGUGAACAAUGAACUCUAUCGGAGCGUCGAGGAUUAUUUUACGAGUUCAGCCAUACGUGUGCUUCGAAUCGAGAGUCGGUGCGAGCUGAUUGUGCGUUGGUAUUUAUCGUUUAUUGAGUGCGUGGAAAGUGUGACCAAACGUCGAGAAGGACGUACGCGUUUGUUGAGUCAGUCUUGAAGAUUUGCCAGGUAUAUUCUUUCACCUGAAAUUAUGAGAAUCGGGUGAAGGGAGGAGCAAUAAAUAAUAUAUAACUUAUCUGAUAAUUUCUUGUGCCAAAUUUAUAAAAGAAGCUUGUAAUGGAUCCACCAAUGUGUACGAUUGAUUUUUUUUUUUUUUUUUUUUUCAUCCCUAGUAUCGCAAAAAAUUAAUAAUCGACAUAGUUGUUGCGCACGUCCUAUUAUGGGAACUAAAAUAAUCUAUAAUCAAAAGUCACUGAUUUACGCACAAAUAUUAUUCAACGAUAUUUUUUUUUUUUUUUUUUCGGUGAUGAUUCUUUUUUUUGCGAACGAUGUUUUGUCAUACAAUAAUUUGCACACGAUGAAAAAAUGUGUAGAAUUCUUGUUUGCACUGGGCACAGUCUGUUGGCGCGUUCAAAUAGUGUAAAAGUUCUACACAGAGAUACACACACAUAUAUUUAUAUAAUAUUUUUGUGUACAAGACAAUGUAGACGGUCUUUGAUUUCAUUUUAAAAAAGUGCUUACUCGACAGAACUGUUAUGAAAAACGUUUGACAAGUAUCUAUUACACGAAAAUCAAUAAAUGUUCCCUUGAGUAGCGCUUUUACAGCGGCAAAUACCUUCUUCCUCAUUCGCUCUUUUUUUUCUCACUGUUUCCAAGAUUACUCGGCAUGAUUUGACCUUCAAACAUGUCAAACAUGUCAAACAUGUCAAACAUGUCAAAAUUUGUGAAAAUGUCCAGGACUACCGAAUCUCGGCUCAAAAUUAUAUUUAAUGUCGUGUAAUAAAAAAAUUUGGAGAUCACGUAAGAAUUUAUAAGAGCCAACAGUGUACUGUUACAGGUUUUUUUCUUUGUUUAGUGUAUACAUGAGUGAUUAUGCAAAAAAAUUAUCUACAGAUAGGCUUGAUCAUUAAACAGCACGUAACUCGAUCCAUCAAUUGGAAACGUGUAAUUUUCUUAGUUAAUAACAUCCGCUUAUUAAUUUUACAAUGGCAACGAAAUUCUAAGAAUUUUUUGGACGAGCAUAAUAUUUCAAUACAUUGUGUGAAUUGUAAGAUUGAGUUUAUGUAGCUGGUCUACAUGUUGUACAGAAAAUAAAUUUAUGCGGAUACUCAUGUGAAAAGUGUAAAAAUUAAUUUUGUUGAAUGUAACUAUUUGUACUACUCACACAGAAAAUUCAAAAAAAAAAUAAAAAAUCAAAAAUAAAAAAAAAAAUGAGUAAAAGGUACGACACUGAAAAAGCAUAAAAAAAAAAAAUUGCUAACUUUUUCAACAUUAAAAUUAAAAGAUUAAAACGAUUCAUCUUAUUUUGAACGUGCAUCAAAGAAAACAAAAACACUCGUUUUAUUUACAAUAGAAGAUCCGGUUGCAGCAUGCAAGCUUAGCAUAAGAUUAACAGUUCUGUUCAUUUAUGUGAAAUGAUAAUGCAAAAUUAAGUACGAUGAAAUCUUGCAAGAAUUAAAUAAAUAAUUAAAAACAACAUUGAUACAAUUUACUUUAUAUCUCUCAUUGCUAAAAAUCGAUAAUACACAAAAAAGUUCCAUCAUAUCCUUAUUACUAUCUUUUAAAGACA